UGCCUUUGAGUUCAUAUUUGAACAGGUUCUCAUUAUCCUGCAAGUGGUGCACAUUGCAGUUCAUCAUUCAUAUUGUCCCCACCCUCGAGCUACUCACAACGAGCCGUCAAUCAGCCAAUAUGCCUGAUCCAGCCUCCCUUCCUCUGGAGCUCUUCGACGAAAUCCUGCUCUUCGCUAUGAAUGGCAGCAUGUCAUCAAAUCCGAUGGAGAUCCUCCGAGUCAGUCGUGCCUGGCAUGCCGUGGCCAUCCGUCAUCUCUACGAAAGUUAUUACUUCGCACCCAUCACCGAAGAACCAGAUGAGUCUGAGAACUUGGUCCAGUUCCUGGGGGCAGUGUCGAAGGAGAAGUAUGGGGAUCUCGUGAGGCGACUGUGUAUCAAGCUGCUUGGAGUAGAUAUGCUACCCAAGAACGUUGUUGCACAUCUGAGAGAAUCCUUCAAGCUAUGGGCGCAGCAAGCUGGCCUACCCAACUGGAAGGUCGACCUCUACGAAGGGUCCCCUAAAUUCGACGUACCAUCCCUGGUGCCGCUGAUCCUCACCCGCGUGCGAAAUCUCCGGAUUGCCUACCUCCGACUGGAGCAUGAUUCCUAUUACUUCUCCCAUGCACUGCACGCGGCGGUGGAUCCCCGGAACAGCAGUCCUUUCCGAGCUUUCCAGCACCUGGAGAAGCUGCAGAUUGGCUGCCACCCGGGCCGAGGGACCCCGCUCGCGAAAUUCGACUUUCGAGUGGAAGACGUCUGGCCGCUCUUCCAUCUCCCGGCUCUCAAGAUAUUGGCACUCGAUGGCCUCGAGGCCCGGGGCGCAGCACGGCUGUUGCAGGAGAAGCGGGGCCAGUCGCCCAUCGAGAACCUCAAUAUCGCGAUCAGUGGCUCCCUGAGCAGAAUGACCAUGUCGGACGUGGAGACGAUCCUGCAGCAGCCGAAGUCGCUCAAGCGGCUGAAGAUUCAGUUCCGCCAACUCCCGGCGACCUACGACGGAUUCGUUCACGGUCUCUGGCGCAGCCUGGUCCGGUACCGCGACCGUCUUGAAAGCUUGGUGAUCGAGACCAUCUACGCGGCCUGGGACGACUGGGAUGAGUCGAAGCGCCCACUUCAGCCCUAUCCGUGUUCCCCUCUGGCCACUUUCCCCGUCUUGAAGCAGCUCGCCAUCAGCGCGGACUAUAUUGUUCGUAACCACGGUGGGUGCCCGCAUGGGGGCGUCUCCGAUCUCUCGCUGCGGGGCCACCUCCCACCCAACCUGGAGGCCUUCAUGAUUACAGACUGUAGCCGCGCACUCGUCUUGGAGGGCCGCUUGGAUCCGCUGCUGGCUCACUUCGUCGAGGAGACGACAGGCAUGGUCAAACACAUCACGAUCGAGGGCGCCACUAUUGGAUCCACGGCCUGGGAUCCGAUCGACUUCCCGCUCACCGAAAGGGCCUGCAUGCGGACCGGAAUCCAGUUCGACUUUCACGCUUACUACGAUCCGCACCGCGUGAUGAUCAUACACAACCCGAGGUGGAGUCCGCUCGUCGGAACGCCGGACUUUCGUUCUGAUGUGCGGCCUGCGUUUUACGAGGAAAUGGCGUCAGCGUGCCGAUGUCUACGUUCAGUCGAUAAUUUCGAUCUCUUGGAGGAGGUGUAUGAGCGCAUUGCGUGGCGGCAUCUCGAGCGGCCUGGGCUGCAUCUGCCCUAGCCUACAAGCUCUGCUCAUUGCCGGGGUUGGGGGGGGGGAUUUUGGGGGCUUCGUGCUACGCCAGUGCGAGUCACGCUCAGCCGUCGGGUUUAUUGUGAUCUACGGAAUGUUGGCCGGUGGGAGAGGAAUUUGAGUUUGGUGGUGAUAUAAUCAGAAUGAUGCGAAAUGGGUAUUGUGUACACUAGUUGCGCCGGAUGAACACCGCUUGUGUAGUACAGUGGGAAUGAAAUGACCAUGCGUCCAGCGCUACCGUCACGAUCCAACGAAUAAGUCAAGGAGACAAUGAAUGUAGACGAGUCAAU